CGUACGCCUCACGUCGCUGCAUUGCCCUCGCCGAACGAAGAAAUAUCUCCAAUGGUUGCCGUGGCAAGACAGGAUGUGCGUUCGGAACCCCGAGUGCCAAAGUGGUAUGCCGGCCGGUCGGUGCUGGUGACAGGGGCCACCGGCUUCCUGGGGAUGGUCACCGUGGAGAAGCUGCUGCGAUCCUGCCCUGACAUUGGCACUAUCUACAUGCUGGUGAGGCCAAAGAGUGGACGGGACCCCCAAGAGAGGUUGGAAGAAUAUGUGUCCAGUGUGCUGUUCUCGAAGCUUCGAGGAGAGCGGCCCGACUUCGCACGCCAUCUGUCUGUGAUCUCCGGCGAUGUCAGCUCGCCGGACUUCUGGCUGGCAGAGCAGGACUUGGCUGCCCUGCAGCGUGACGUCAGCGUCGUCUUCCACUGCGCCGCCAGCGUCCGCUUCAUCGACAGCCUGCGCAAGGCCGUCAACACCAACGUGGUGGGCACGAAGCGCAUGCUGCAGCUGGCCGAGCAGCUGCCCAACCUGCAGGUAUUCCUGUACAUCUCGACCUCCUUCUGCCACUCAGACCAUCAAGUCGUUGAAGAAAAAUUGUACCCAGCAAAAGCAGACCCAGAAAAGAUUAUGAAUAUUGUUUCGUCAAUGGACGACGACCUUUUAGAGCUUAUAACACCAAAGUUGUUGGGGAACCUACCAAACACGUACGCCUUUACGAAGAACCUGACAGAGGAGCUGGUGGCGAGGUACUCCGACCGGCUGCCGAUCGUCAUUGCCAGGCCGUCCAUUGUGGUAUCGACCUGGAAGGAGCCGCUAGAAGGCUGGGCAGCGAAUAUGAAUGGACCAAUCGGCUUCCUCGUAGCUGUUGGGAAAGGUGUGGUGCGGGUUUUCAUGGCAGACCUCAACAUCGCAUCAGACCUCAUACCUGUCGACUGCACGGUUAACGCCAUCAUCAUAGUGGCGUGGCAUGUUGCAGUAACGAGGCAGCCGAAUCCGUAUGUUUGCAACAUAACUAACGGUCGUCAGAACUACGUCACCUGGGGAGGCGUCAUGAAGAAUCUGCAGAGGAUAAAUGCGACGGAGGUUCCUCUACGACCAAUUUUGUGGUAUUGUCAGCCAAUUGUGACGACUUCAGUCGUGUGGUACACAAUCUGCCACUUCUUCCUCGAAGUCUUGCCUGCACAUAUUCUCGACUUCUUCAUCCGUCUUUGUGGAAGGAAACCAUUCCUGGUGCACAUAAAGAAUCGUUUACAUUCGGCCAAGAACAUGUUGCGAUAUUACGUGGUACACGAAUGGACAUUUAUCAACAAAAAUAUUACGUCUCUGCAUGCAUCUAUGGCUCCUGAGGAUCAAGAAGUCUUUUAUUUUAAUGUUGAUGAAGUUGAUCAGUAUGACUUUUGUAAAAAGGGGCUAAUUGGAGCGAAGCUGUACCUUCUUAAUGAGAGCGUCGAUAACGUAGCCAGUGAUUUGAGAUACAUUAGGAGGAUGUACUUGUUGCACGUAAUAGUGCGUACACUUUUCUAUGGCCUGCUACUCUGGCUACUCUACUCGUGGUCAGAACCAGCACUGGAGAUGGUUGAAACUGCAAUGGAAUAUUUGUCUUCUCUGUUACAUGGAGCUCCAGUUAUUAGAGCACUCACAGACCAAGUUCCUGUCUCUUCUACUGUGUUGCCAGGCGAUGAGGCUAACGUGACAAACAACUGACACCCCUGUUGUCAGUUUCGUUCAAAUAACCAGCUUAGAUUUUACACUAGUAACUAGCUCCAAUAAGAUUUCCUCAUUACCAAAUCAUUUAUGAAGGAGGAAUUUUGAUAACAAAAACAAGGCUGUAAAAAGA